AGAGAGAGAGAGGGGGAGAGAGAGAGAGAGAGAGGGGGGGAUAGAGAGAGAGAGAGAGAAGAAUCAGAUACAAGAGACAGAGGCAGUGUCAGUGUGUGUCCCUUCACACUGCACAGCACAGACAGCUCUCCCAUAGAAACAGAAGUCAGCGAGUCACCCUGUGGCCUUUCCAAGCACUCAUUGAUUUGAGGAUUGCAGUCCCUGUCAUUCAUUUCUUCACGUUUUCAUGCUUUGACUGGACCGUGGAUCUCGGUCAGAAACCGACCCAAAGAAAUAGAAAAGUCACCCGCAGGCACCACUCUCCAGUCAUCCGCAGCCAUUGGUCAUCACUGUACUAUUAUUCAGCUUCAUAUUUCCGGAGGAUCCUAAUGAUGAUGCUGCUACGCCUGAGUGUGGUGCGUGGAGGGCGGGGGCUACUGGAGCUCCAGAGGCUGGGCCAUCUGCACCGCUCUGCCCACGCAGCCCCCAACUUGGAGUACAACCCCAUAAGGAAGGUCUUGGUGGCCAACAGAGGUGAGAUUGCCAUCCGGGUGUUCCGGGCCUGCACAGAGCUGGGGAUCCGCACGGUGGCUGUGUACUCCGAGCAGGACACGGGGCAGAUGCACAGGCAGAAGGCCGAUGAGGCCUACCUCAUUGGCAAGGGCUUGCCGCCUGUGGCUGCCUACCUUCACAUACCUGAUAUCAUCAGAGUUGCUAAGGCCAACAACGUCGAUGCCAUCCAUCCUGGAUACGGCUUCCUGUCGGAGCGCUCGGACUUCGCACAGGCGUGCGCCGACGCGGGGGUGCGGUUCAUCGGGCCGACCCCCGAGGUGGUGCGCAAGAUGGGGGACAAAGUUGAGGCCCGCGCCAUCGCCAUCCGAGCCGGAGUGCCUGUGGUCCCAGGGACUGACGGCCCCAUCUCCUCCCUGAAGGAGGCCCAGCAGUUCGCCCAAACCUACAGCUUCCCCAUCAUCUUCAAGGCCGCCUACGGGGGCGGCGGCAGGGGCAUGAGGGUUGUGCGGGAGUAUGAGGAACUUGAGGAAAAUUAUCAGCGUGCAUACUCUGAGGCUUUGACUGCUUUCGGGAAUGGCGCUCUCUUUGUGGAGAAAUUCAUAGAGAAGCCCAGACACAUUGAAGUGCAGAUUCUGGGCGAUAAGUAUGGGAAUGUGAUUCAUCUGUAUGAGAGGGACUGCUCCAUCCAGAGGAGACAUCAGAAGGUAGUAGAAGUUGCUCCAGCCGUUCAGCUCGACCCGCAGCUCAGAGACAGGCUGACCUCUGAUUCCGUAAAGCUGGCUAAAGAGGUGGGCUACGAGAACGCUGGCACGGUCGAAUUCCUUGUGGACAAAAGCGGGAAGCACUACUUCAUCGAGGUGAACUCCCGCCUGCAGGUGGAGCACACAGUCACUGAGGAGAUCACAGAUGUGGAUCUGGUGCAUGCUCAGCUGCGGGUGUGCGAGGGGCGGAGCCUGACCGAGCUGGGCCUGAGGCAGGAAAACGUCCGGCUCAACGGCUGCGCCAUCCAGUGCCGCGUCACCACCGAGGACCCCGCCCGCGGCUUCCAGCCCGACACGGGCCGCCUGGAGGUCUUCCGCAGUGGAGAGGGCAUGGGCAUCCGACUGGACAGCGCGUCCGCGUUCCAAGGAGCGGUCAUUUCGCCGCACUACGACUCGCUGCUGGUCAAAGUCAUCUCCAGCGGCAAAGACCUGCCCACCGCCGCCGCGAAGAUGAACCGCGCGCUAGCCGAGUUCCGCGUCCGCGGCGUCAAGACGAACAUCCCCUUCCUGCAGAACGUACUGAACAAUGACCAGUUCCUGCACAGCACCGUGGACACCCAGUUUAUCGACGAGAACCCAGACCUCUUCAAUCUCAAGCGUGUUCAGAACCGGGCCCAGAAACUCCUACACUACCUGGGUCAUGUAAUGGUGAAUGGCCCCAUCACUCCAAUACCAGUCAAAGCCAAGCCGUCUUCUGUCGACCCUGUAGUACCCACAGUCCCUUUGGGGGACCCCCCCGCGGGUUUCCGGGACGUGUUGCUGCGGGACGGCCCGGAGGGGUUUGCGCGGGCGGUGCGCGCCCACCAGGGCCUCCUCCUCAUGGACACCACGUUUCGCGACGCCCACCAGUCGCUGCUGGCCACUCGCGUCCGCACCCACGACCUCAAGCAGAUCGCCCCCUUCGUGGCCCACAACUUCAACAACCUCUUCAGCUUGGAGAACUGGGGGGGCGCCACGUUCGACGUGGCCAUGCGCUUCCUGUGGGAGUGCCCGUGGCGCCGGCUGCAGGAGCUGCGGAAGCUGCUGCCCAACGUGCCCUUCCAGAUGCUUCUGCGGGGCGCCAACGCGGUGGGCUACACCAACUACCCCGACAACGUGGUCUUCAGGUUCUGCGAGGUUGCCAAGGAGAAUGGCAUGGACAUCUUCCGGGUCUUUGACUCGCUUAACUACCUUCCCAACAUGCUCCUGGGCAUGGAGGCAGCUGGCACGGCGGGGGGCGUGGUCGAGGCUGCCAUUUCCUACACCGGCGACGUGUCGGAUCCCAUGCGGCAGAAAUACUCGCUGGACUACUACCUGAAACUGGCCGACGAGCUGGUGAAGGCCGGCACACACAUCCUGGCCAUUAAGGAUAUGGCAGGGCUCCUGAAGCCGGAGGCAAGCCGGCAGCUGAUUGGUGCACUGAGGGACCGCUUUCCGGAGGUGCCCAUCCACGUGCACACCCACGACACAGCGGGCGCGGGCGUGGCAGCCAUGCUGGCGUGCGCCAACGCGGGGGCGGACGUGGUGGACGUGGCCGUGGACUCCAUGGCGGGCAUGACGUCUCAGCCCAGCAUGGGCGCCAUCGUGGCCUGCGCCAAGGGCACCAAGCUAAACACGGGCAUCGCUCUGGAGAAGGUGUUUGACUACAGCGAGUACUGGGAGGUGGCGCGCGGGCUGUACGCGCCCUUCGACUGCACGGCCACCAUGAAGUCCGGCAACUCCGACGUGUACGAGAACGAGAUCCCCGGCGGCCAGUACACCAACCUGCACUUCCAGGCGCACAGCAUGGGCCUGGGGAACAAGUUCAAGGCGGUGAAGAAGGCCUACGCCGAGGCCAACAAGCUGCUGGGAGACCUCAUCAAGGUGACCCCGUCCUCUAAGAUAGUGGGUGACCUGGCGCAGUUCAUGGUGCAGAACUCUCUGACGCGUGCGGAGGUGGAGGAGCGGGCGGACGAGCUGUCCUUCCCCCUGUCGGUGGUGGAGUUCCUGCAGGGCCACAUCGGCAUGCCCCACGGAGGCUUCCCCGAGCCCUUCAGGUCCAAGGUGCUGAAGUCUCUGCCGCGACUGGAGGGUCGUCCCGGCGCCUCCUUGGCUCCAAUGGACUUCCAGGCCCUGGAGAAGCAGUUGCGGGAGGCGCACGGUGAUGACAUCACACCCGAAGACAUGAUGUCAGCAGCAAUGUAUCCCAAAGUCUUCCAGGAGUUCAAGGAGUUCACCUCCAGCUUUGGGCCAGUGGGCUGUCUCAACACGCGGCUCUUCCUGGAGGGGCCCAAGAUUGCCGAGGAGUUUCAGGUGGAGCUGGAACGUGGGAAGACCCUGCACAUUAAAGCUUUGGCCCUCGGGGAUUUGAACAAGGCAGGACAGCGGGAGGUGUUCUUUGAGCUCAAUGGUCAGUUACGAUCUGUCCUGGUCAAGGACACACUGGCCAUGAAGGAGAUGCACUUCCACCCCAAGGCUCUGAAGGACGUUCGGGGCCAGGUGGGCGCGCCCAUGCCAGGAAAGGUGGUGGAGGUGAAGGUGAAGGAGGGUCAGAAGGUGGAGAAGGGCCAGCCGCUGUGCGUGCUGUCCGCCAUGAAGAUGGAGACGGUGGUCAACUCGCCCGUCUCCGGAACCGUGGUCAAGAUCUACGUGAACUCGGACAACAGCCUGGAGGGAGAUGACCUCAUUCUGGAGAUCAGCGAGUAGGAUGGACCAGGAGCCGUCCUGUCUGGGUCAGAACCUUAGGGAUGGAAUUACUAGCCGAGCUGAGCUUCGUCUGAGCCUACAUCGAGCGACCAUGGUUGAUUGUUUGUUUUAUUUAAAUUUUCAUUAGAAAUCUGAGCAGAUGUGUCUGCCUCAAAAGCUUCUAUAAGCUCUUCAACUGCCUGUGAGUCCAUUCAGGAUGCCUUGCUGAAUUGAAUAGUAAAAUAAAGAUGGCAUCAAACAGAAAAUAAUUUAUAAUCUAGUAAUUCUAUUUCUAUCAGAUUCACUCGGCACAGUACUAUUGGUGUACUAUUUGUCGCAGAACAACCGAUUGUUCUGCCACAGUUUGAAGGAGAGAAAAUAAUAUAUAUUUUUAGAUUAAUGAGUCUAGUUUUGAAAUGAAUUAAUAAACGAGAUUGUAAUUAGCAAGGCUAAUUGGGGCACGCAGAGGUCACUUAAUCAUGGAUGAUGUUGUGCCAGCUCCACGGUCAGAGCCUUCAUGCAUCUGUGGCUUCGUUUCUGUACUCUGCAGCUUCUGUUAAGCAGUUGCUUAUUUUUUAAAAUGUACUUAUUUUUUGGGGUUUUUUUUAACCUUGUGUGCAGUUUGUGUUGUCGUUGUUGUAUCCUCGCGGGGUGACUGCACACAUAUUUUAAGAGAAUCAUGUGAAAUUCCUAAAAUAACAUAAUUCAUGUUAUUGUUGCCAUCGUAACAUCCUGUUGAAUGUUUAAGCAAAGCAAUAAUUUCAUAUUUCAGUUCAAGAUUUAAAGCUUUCUUGUAUUGUAGUGUUGAUGACUGACAUGGAACUGGAAUAUCACUUGAAUGUCAUUCAUUAUCCAUUGUUUUGCCAUGGUGAUUUUGGAGAUUUUAUUUUUAUUUCAGGUAUUUUAAAUCAGGGUAAAACUCUAUUGAUUCUUUUUUUCUUUCAAUACAUCUGUCCACUCUUCUCUCCUACGCCCCUAUUCUGGUCAACACAUUUUAAUAUGAACUCACAAUCCUCCCUCUUAAAAGAGUACACACAUUCAGCUCCUACAGGUAUUUACACUUUCUCACACAAAUUCAUUUUAUUUAAAAGCAAAAGCUAGUAGCCCUUUUCACCACAUGUUCUGAGAGUAUUUAUAAAGCAGAAAUUACUUGAAUGAUGGACCAAAUUUUUUUAUGAUCACAUUAUAAUACUGUUUUGUUUUUGUUUUUUUGUUUUUUGCAUUUUCGUUCAGCUGAAAUAAUUUCCAACAGCUAACUGCCUUUUUAACUGCCUUUUAAACCAGCACAAGUAUUGCAUCGAAGGUGAGUAAAUUAAAUAUAAAUAGAUUGUUUAUAAACUGUGAACGUAUUUUAACAUUCCAGUACAUGCAAAUGUAGGGUAAACAAGGGAUUAAUUGAUCCAAGCUGUACUAGUAUGGAGUGAACUGGUCAACUCAGUUACCAAAUACUAGUAUAUUUUGGAAGAAUGCAAACUCUAAGGUCCAGUACUAUGUUUUAAAAAAAAUGUUUAAUUUUCCUCCUUUUCAAAUCUCGUAAUAUUGCUUAUUGCGUUUGUAUAUUUUGAUGUUCGGAUCUUCUAUUUAUUCAUUGCAUUAAUUUAAGCUACAGGGAUGUGUGUGGUCCAGAAUGCUCAGGCUGAUUAUGUCUGUGCCCAGCUGAAAAAGGAACUGCUCUUCAAAUAAAUGAUAUCGCAUAUUAUGUAAAUACACACUUAACAUAAAAUGCUAGAGACAAUCAACAGAAUGAUCUUCAGUAUUUAAUAUCAGCAUGCAUAAUUACAGCAUAAUAACUCUUUGUACAAAUGAUGCCAUUAAGGGAACCUUUUGUGCAACUCUAGAAUAGAAACAGCUUCCUAAUUCGUGUGUACAUGCCUGAAUGCAUGUAUAUCCUCCGAAAACCCAGCAAUUCAAUUUUGCCCCCCUGUAGGGGACUUGAGUCUCUGGUCUUAAUCUCAAGAACCAUUUAUUAUACUAUGCUGAAACCUACGCUGGACAUUCAAUACAAAUUCAAUUAUUGAAAAUAUUUCAGUGCAACUUAUUUCUCUCAUCCACAGUACUUCAUCAAAAAAUUUCAACACUAAAACUUACUUUUUUUUUUUUUUUUGCCAGGUCUCACCUGACCUGGUGUGUUACAACCUGGUGUCCAGUUUAGACAGUAUACCAGCUGUACUCUACCAAAAAAUUUGGACAGUUUAAUUUGCAUUUAAAAUUCUGUACUAAACCACAUUUCAAAGAUGUUUUUAGACUGCUGGCAAUCCAAGGCUGCAGUUCUUUUUGUAAGCCCGAUCAUCAACUUUGAUUUUUUAAAAUGAAGGAUCUCUUUGUGCAUGAUGUGAGUUUGAGCUCUGAAUGUGGCAUAUUGUUUUUACACACGAAUCAGGGUCUUCAUUUUCUGUCAGAUUCCUUUAUAUUUCUGGGAGCUGUGUGGUACACUAAGAAUUAGAACACCUGCAAGCAUCAUAGAAAUAAGCCAUAAUUAUAACAGGGUGAAUAGUCUAUGCAGGAUAAAAGAAGAUAUUCUCUAACAAGGAUAUGCGUGGGAUCUUCAGCAAACGUGAUACCAUUGUUCCGUCUCUCGUGCACUAUAUCGAAAUAAAAUGUUUCUCCCCUGUGUCUUGAACGAAUCCCAAUUAGUAACUCUUGUCAAUAUAAAAUACCAGAAUGGUGCUAUUUUGUAUUAUUAAUAUUAAUUAUCAAUAUUAAUACAUGCAUCAAGAAUACUAGAAAGAAAUAUGCUAUAUGUGAAAUUACUGGUGCUGUACUUAAUGAUGUGAUACAAAAACAGUGCCAUUGUGAAAUCCUUGUGGAUUUUGACUUUUUUGUACAAUUUUCAGGUAUGUUAAUGUUUUGGCAGUUAAUUGUAUACUAUUAUGUUAAUGAUGUGGGUGAAAAGCCCACCCAUAAAUAAAGUUAAAAAGAAGAGAUGCUCA